UUGAUUUUAGCGGUUUUCCCAUCUGAUCUAUGGUUUGAAGUAUGUCAUAUACGGGCUUUACAGCAGAUAUUACUUCUAUGCUGUUUAAGUCAAAUUUGUUAGUUUUAGGUUAUGUAAAUGACAAUUGUAAAAAUAACUUGAAGUCUUGAAGAUAAUAUUUAAUCCCGUGUUUUAUCUUAUACACUUUAAUUAUGUCUGAAAUAGAAGUUAAACAACAUAAUCUAGAUAGUGAUGAUGAUAGUGAAUGGAUUGGACCAGCCCCCUCUGAAGCAUCUAAGCCGAAAAAAAGAAAAGUAUUGCAACAUGAAUUGUUAUAUUUAGAAAAUUUACCGAACUGCAGUUCCUAUGAAAGAAGUUACAUGCACAGGGAUGUUAUUACACACAUUGUAGUUACAAAGACUGAUUUUGUUGUAACUGCUAGCCAGGAUGGACAUGUUAAAUUUUGGAAGAAAAUGGAAGAAGGCAUUGAAUUUGUAAAACAUUUUCGAAGUCAUUUGUCAUCUAUUAAUGGUCUUUCAGCUAAUUGCAGUGGUACAUAUGUUUGCACAAGCUCUGUCGAUAAAUCAGUUAAAAUAUUUGAUGUUAUCAAUUUUGAUAUGAUUAAUAUGAUUCGUUUGGAGUAUGAACCGGGAUGUGUAGAAUGGAUUCAUUCUGCUGGUGAUGCUAUAUCUGCAUUAGCUGUGACAGAUUCCGCAUCUAAUAAAGUUUAUAUAUAUGAUGGGCAUGGAAGUAACACCCCAAUUCAUUCAUUUGAGAAACUACACAUGAGUACAGUUUUAUUAGUAAAGUAUAAUCCAACAUUUGAUGUAGUUAUCUCGGUUGAGAAAACUGGUAUACUAGAAUAUUGGAGUGGUCCUAAACAAGAAUAUAAAUUUCCAAGAUGUGUCCAGUUUGAAUCAAAAUUAGAUACUGAUUUGUUUGAAUUUGCUAAAAAUAAAACAUGUCCUACUAGCAUUGCUAUAUCAAACAAUGGUAUCAAGUUUGCUGCCAUUUCCAUAGAUAGAAAAAUUAGAGUGUUUAAUUUUUUAACUGGUAAACUUACAAGGAUAUUUGAUGAAACAUUGCAAGGAUUUGGUGAGUUGCAGCAAAAAAUCCAACAGCUUCCUCCAAUGGAAUUUGGAAGAAGAAUGGCACUUGAAAGAGAUUUAGAAAGAAAUGAUGCACUUAAAUAUGGAAAUAUUGUAUUUGAUGACAGUGGAUAUUUCUUAGUCUACUGUAGUAUUCUAGGUAUUAAAAUAGUAAAUCUUCAUACAAAUAGAUGUGUGAGACUACUUGGUAAAUCAGAAAAUCUACGUCCAUUACAAGUUGCUUUGUACCAAGGUCGAUCCCAAAUAAGUGCAGCUGCACCUACAAUUGAAGCACUUGGUUCUGAUAAUCCAACAUUAUCUUCAUCAAGGAAUGAUUCUACUAUAUUUUGUACUGGGUAUAGAAAAAAUCGUUUUUAUAUGUUUUCUAAACGUGAACCAAUUGAUUCUGAAGCUUCUGGGGUUCAUCAAAAUGAGCGUGAUGUAUUUAAUGAAAAACCAUCUAAAGAAGAUGUUAUUUCAGCCACAGAAUCUUUGGGAGUCCAACGAAUCUAUGAAAGUGCAAUUAUUCAUACCACUGUAGGAGACAUAUUUUUACAAUUGUUUCCUAAGGAAUGUCCCAAAAGUGUUGAAAAUUUUGGUGUUCACAGUAGAAAUGGUUAUUAUAAUGGACACAUAUUUCAUAGAGUUAUUAAAGGCUUUAUGAUACAGACUGGGGAUCCUACGGGUAAUGGAACAGGUGGAGAGAGUAUUUGGGGCAGAGAAUUUGAGGAUGAGUACCCUCGGCUCAAACAUGACAGACCAUACACACUUAGCAUGGCAAAUGCUGGUCCUUGUACAAAUGGAAGUCAAUUUUUCAUAACUUUAAUACCUACCCCUUGGUUGGAUAACAAACAUACAGUGUUUGGCCGAGUUACCAAAGGAAUGGAAGUUGUACAAAACAUUAGCAAUGCAAGAACAAAUCCUAAAACUGAUAAACCACAUGAAGACAUAUCUAUUAUUUCUAUCACAGUGAAGUAGAUAAUGCAAGGAUUAUUUUCUUAUUGACGGCAUCAACGGGAAUCUUCAACGGAACCCAUGUGUCCUCUUACGUAUUUUUAGGGUCUAUGCCAGAUGCCCACUGGUGCGAGGUACCAGAACUCUCAA